UAUGAUUUCUUUAAAUGAAUAUGGUUCCAAUUCCUGGGAGCUCAAAAUCAGAGUCGAUCAUCAUAAUGGAGAAGAACAAAAAGAGACUCCUGUUCAAGUAUCGGGGGAGCUUCAUGUCGGAGGGUUGAUGCUCAGACUUGUGGAAAAAAUUGGGAUAUCCCAAGAUUGGUCCGACUAUGCCCUUUGGUGGGAGCAGAAGAAAUGCUGGCUCCUGAAAACUCAUUGGACUCUAGAUAAAUAUGGAGUGCAAGCUGAUGCCAUACUCUUGUUCACCCCUCAGCACAAAAAUCUGCGCCUUUGUUUACCAAGCAUGAAGAUUGUGAGACUGAAUGUUAGCUUCUCUUCUGUGGUAUUCAGGGUUGUUGGGGACAUCUGCAAGAGCCUUGGGUUUCAGUUCAGCAGAUUUGAGAAAAAUACCAUUGAAUUCUGCAUUCUCUUAAAUAUAAAGAAAAUGGGAUCUUGGCUCAAUAAGACCAAUGCCCAAUUAAGUUUGUUCCUACAAGUGAGAUGGUCUGCUAAGAGUCAUUCAGCUAUCACUCUUUUAGAUGAAAAUGGUGAGUACCAUAUCAGCAAGAUGACCUUAUCAUCUGGAUCCAAAGACUUCGCAGUUGAGAGUGAAACCGACGAAGUGGAAGCAGCGCUUUCCAAUCUGGAAAUAACCCUAGAAGGCGGAAGAUCAGAGAGCCUAUUGAAGAACCAAGGGGGCGGUGGACUGAAAAAGUUUGGGAACCACUUUUAUAAACUGAUGGUUUUAUUUUCUGUUCUCAAUAUUUCAGCCAGUCCUGGCUUAUAUAGCAAGACAAUGACCCCGACUUAUGAUCCCAUUACUGGUUCCCCUGUCCCUUCCACUGUUGCGUGGUUCAGUGACAGCCCAUUGGCACAACAGAGCUGGAGCACCCUCGCUUUUAGCCAUCCUAACUGUGCACCAGAGACACUUGCCAAGAUGUAUCAGCCUCGAACAUUGGUCGACAAAGCCAAACUGAAUGCUGGAUGGUUAGAUUCAUCUCGAUCACUCAUGGAACAAGAUAUCCAGGAGGACGAUCAACUUCUACUCCGUUUUAAAUACUAUGAUUUCUUUGAUUUGAAUGCAAAAUAUGAUGCAGUACGGAUCCACCAGCUAUAUGAGCAAGCCCGCUGGGCUAUUCUGCUGGAAGAAAUAGACUGCACCGAAGAAGAAACCUUCAUUUUUGCUGCAUUGCAGGCAUGUAUUAGACGAUCAGAAGAACUGUCUCUGCUGAGGCCAACCAAUGAGAUAAAAAAGAAAAAGAGAAAAGACAAAGAGAAGGACAAAGAACCUGUCAUAGAAGAUAUUUUAAACCUGCACAAUUCUCCAGUGAGUUUUGGAUUGCCAGACAAGGAAAGUGAAACAGUUCUUCAUCGGUUACAGCUUUUGAAAAAGACUUGGUGUUCGAGGGAAAUACCAGUUAAAACCACACCAACUCCUGCUGUAAAUAACAGAGACUUGAUGAAGCAAUUCUUCAUUUGCAGAUCCAAAAAGCUGGUCCUGAAAGCCUUCAAGCAAUAUUGGUUUGUCUUUAAAGACACAUCCAUGUCUUACUUUAAAAGCAAAGAAGCUGAACACGGAGAACCUAUCGAGAAGUUUAACCUAAGAGGAUGUGAAAUUGUCCCAGAUGUAAGUGUGUCAGGGAAAAAAUAUGGGAUUAAAUUACUCAUCCCAGUUGCCGAUGGAAUGAAUGAAAUACUUUUGAGGUGUAAUGAUGAAGAGCAGUAUGCCAGAUGGAUGGCUGCUUGUUCAUUGGCUUCCAAAGGAAAAACAAUGGCAGACAGUUCUUACCAAUCCGAGGUGCGUAACAUCCUCUCGCUCCUGAAAAUGAAAAGCAGAACAGCUGCAAUCCAAGAAGCUUCGGAUGUAGAAAGCAUGGACGUGAAACCGGAAUGCUUCAUCUCACCACGAUAUGCUAAGAAAUAUAAAUCUAAGCAGUUAGCUGCUCGUAUUCUAGAAGCACACCACAACAUCAUUCACCUGCCUCUUAUGGAAGCCAAACUGAGGUUUAUCCAGGCAUGGCAAUCACUUCCAGAAUUCGGCUUAUCCUAUUAUGUUGUAAGGUAAUUCUAGUGUUCCUCUGCCCCUAAAUUUUUAUAGAAGAGUACUGCUUAGAACCUUUUUAACCACUUUCCUUUUGACUACAGAAAUGGUCUUUAGGGGAGGAGAGAAUGCAUUUUAGGUUUGGGAGCAUUCUUAAAAUCACUGUUCUAUAUACAGGUACAGUAAUCCUCAGGUUAUGGCUUUAAUUGAGGCCAGAAUUUCUAACUAAGCAAAACUAUCAUUAAAGCAAACAUCAUGUGACUGCUUAGCAAUGGCAAUUCCAACAGUCGUAGAUGCAGUUGCUAGUGAGGAGCAGGCAGUCAUUAAACAAGGCCCUUACAUAACCACAACUUGUGACUUCUGGAUGAAUUCCCCAUUGAUUUUCUUUUUUUUGGAAGCCAGCUGGCAAUCACGUCUCCUGCCUCCCAAAAGAUUCAAGC